AUGUCGCGGCCAGAGUUUUCCGGACCACCGGAACUGUUCUACAAUGAAACAGAAGCCAAAAAAUACGCUGGAAACAGUCGUAUGAUGGAGAUUCAGACUGAAAUGGCAGCACGAGCUGUAGAACUUAUGGCUUUGGCAGAUCCUGAAACUGCCUUCAUUUUAGAUAUUGGUUGUGGAUCAGGAAUAUCCGGGCAAUAUUUGACGGACGAAGGAUUGGCAUGGAUGGGGAUUGAUAUAAGUGCUCCGAUGCUUCAGCAAGCAAAGGAAUAUAUGGAAGUCGAGGAGGAUUUAAUAUUGGGAGAUAUUGGAAAUGGCUUACCUUUUCGGCCUGGAGUGUUUGAUGGUGCCAUCUCGAUUUCUGCUAUUCAAUGGCUAUGUCAUGCAAACAGAAGCGACGAGAACCCUGCCAAGAGACUUCUGACUUUUUUUCAGACUUUAUUUGGAAGUUUAGUGAGUUUUCUUAAUUUAUUUCUCUGUAUUUUAGGCGUCCAACUUGCCUUCUCGUCAAUAUUUUAUUAAUUUAAAAAAAAAUAGGAAAAAGCAAGAUUUUGGUGAUAUGGGUACUUAAAACUAUAGGAGAAUAAGUUUAAUUUUAUAUAUACGGCUAUGUUAUUGUAUUAUCAGAAGAAGUACACCCUUAUAAUUUUACAAAUUUAUCUUUUUCUUCCUUUGAAAAAUUGGGAUUUUAGUAUGUAUAAUAAAAGAAUUGGGAACAACCAUAGUUGUUUUUUUGUUUGACGUGCAACCAUUGUAAAUUUUGAAAAAUUUUUAAAAGGGUGUAUUUAUUAUUUUGUGGUUUCAGGCCAGCGGAGCUCGUGCAGUCUUUCAAUUUUACCCAGAAAAUCCAGAACAAGCUGAUUUAAUAUGUCAACAGGCCAACAAAGCCGGUUUUAGUGGUGGUCUGGUAGUGGAUUUUCCGCAGAGCACGAAAGCUAAAAAGGUUUACUUGGUUGCAAUGACAAGUGGAAUACAACGGCUACCUAAAGCAUUAACGGGAGAGGAGCAGCCUCAAACACAAGUGGACAAUGCUGGAAGAAGGUAUCCUUGAAAUUAUAUAGUUUUAAUUUUUUGUUAUUAAAAAACAUAUUUUAAUUUCAGGACGUUUAACACUGGUCGGAAGGUAGAUAAAAAGUUGAUACCUGGCACAAGAGAAUGGGUUGAAUGGAAAAAACAGAGACAAAGGAACAGAGGAAGGGAAGUAAAAAACUCAUCUAAGUAUACUGGACGAAAACGCAACUCCAAGAAGUUCUAGAUUAUUUGUAUUGUUGUUAUUUGUUCAUUGUUAACCAUAAAUUUUUAUUAUAUUAUAUAACGUAUUCACUUUGAAACUAAUAUUGAAUUACUAGGAAAGAUAUUAAGAUAAUUUUUUAAAUUUCUUUGCGUUAAAUUUUCUGUUUUUUACAACUAAAACACGAUGUUGUUCACCUUUAAAACGUCCUGAUUAUCCGCUCUUUUAUAAUAGAUUCUGUUUUUGGAUUACUUUUUUUGAGGUUAGUAAUAAAACUGCGCGUGUUUUUAAACAGUAGGUAGCCUUCAUAUAAAGCAAAGUAGAGUUUUAACUGUUAUGUCACUACUUUUUGUUUUUCUGGUUGCAUAUAUUACUAAAAAUGUAGCAAUACAGGUCCAGGUAUCCAAAGGUACGCUACAGGGUGAAGAAGUUAAGGUUAAUGAUGGUACGGUUUACGUUUUUAAGGUAUGUAUUUAUUAUACUUAUGGGUAUGCAUUUUUUUAUAUUAACUUUAACUAAAAUUAAUAAAACAUUUUCAGUCGAUUCCGUAUGCCGAGCCACCUGUAGACAAUUUAAGAUUUAAAAAACCAGUGGAAAUCGCAAAUAGCGACAGUGUAAUCGACACAACCGUCUACACUUCAACCUGUCCGAACGGUUUUGACCUGUUAACACCACAGAACGUCAGUGAAGAUUGCCUUUACUUCAGUGUUUUUGCCAACAAGAAUUGCUUGGUAAGUUUAAGUUACUGUAACUCAAGUUUUUUAGGAAAAGGCGUGCCCAGUUGUUUUCUUCGUUCAUGAUGCAAUUAAUGAGCCGUUAUCGACGAGUGACUUUGACGAGCUAAAUGUUGCUGAAAAGUUUGCGUUUGAUGAUAUUGUAUUUGUUAGGCCUAAGUAUAGGUCAUCUAUAUAUGGGUUUUUGGAAGUUAGCAAACCCAUUGAUGAAGCGCCUUUUAACGUCGGAUUGCAUGGUACAGUUUUUGUAACUUUAAGUAAAAUUUGAUAAUACAAAAAAAUAAAACAAUAUUUUUUGGUAAAAACCUGUCCAUACUAUUGUUUUAGAUUUAAAACUAGCUUUAAACUUUGUCUACAAAGAAAUAAAUGCUUUUGGCGGAGACCCCACCAAAAUCACUGUAUUUGGCUCAUCGUAUGGUGCGGAUCUCGCACUUUUACUUUUAAAUUCUCCCCAAAUACGCCACAUUCCGAUAUACCAAGCAAUACUGUUUAAUGGAAUGCCCAGUGUUGGUGGGGGACAUUCACAGAACGCUACACAAAACGUUUUAAAAAUGCUCAAGGUAAGGUUGUUGAAACGUUUAAUUUUGAAAUAAAUUUUUAGUGUGAGUACGAUCAAGACGAAGUCCCGCUAAACAGUACAGAAUCACUCGACUGCUUAUAUGAUAAAUCGACAGACGAGCUUGAGAGAGCCGUGUUUCAAACUCAAACCUCAGAAACCUAUUGGGGACCCCGCUUUGACCAGGACCUAAUACCUGCUAAUGAUCACGAGCAACUCCGCGAUCUGUGGCAACCCAUUCCAUUGCUUCUGAUCUUAUAUGCACCAACUUCAAACACAGAUCACGCACCGAACUUGGACGCUGCGGAGUCUUGUGAAAUUUUACUGCCUUAUUUUGGAUACUAUUCAAAUUCAACGUUGAACAAAUGUGUGGAGUUUUAUUCGAGUGACAACAGGAAAAGCUACUCGGACGCUUUGUACGCCUAUACAGUUAAAAUGGCGAGGAUGAACAAUGCAAAAGGUUCCACUAGUUAUAUAGGUAUAAUUGGAGAAAAAGUGGACAAUCCGGACAAAAUAAAGUAAGAUUUAUUAGUUAAAAGUCAGUUAAAAUUGCAAUUACUUUUUUUUAAAUUAUACUACUUCGUUUUAGGUUCUUUGUAGAAAACGCAACAGAAAUCGAAACAGACAACGAAGCUAAAAUAAUAUCUAAAUAUAACGAAAAAAUUAGAAGGUUCAUUAAGGGCCUAGACGGAGGUAAGUUAAAGCAAUGA